UCUGGGAUCAGAAGUUCGCGUUGUAAAAAAACAAAAACCCCUUUUUUGACGUCACUCAGAAAGGAGUCUUUCCAAUCUGCGGUAACAGACCAACAGUCGGACUCAGCUACUGACCGCCUGCCCCCUGUUUUAUCAGCGGACCUUUAAAAAAAAGAAAAAGAAGAAACAGCUUCAAAACUGGGAAGAUGACAGCAGCGAUCCCCUAAAACUGAAGCAAAGUCUCAUGCAACAUGGAGUCAGAAAAGCGGCUGGCCUCUUCACCUUCUGCCCCACCCUCCUUUCAAAGGAUGCCAUCUGUACCCAGAUCAUCUCCUGCUCCACUUCAAUCAGUCCCUAUCAAGUACAGUCCAGCGCCUAGUCCUGGAGGCAGCAUCCCUCUCACCAUCUUUGGUCAGACGUACCAGACAGGUGAACUGGGUUUAUCUGCGUUACCAGCACACAGCCAAUUCAAAGCAUUUCCAGAGCUGUGGCGGCCUGCAGAGAUGGAUAACAGACGAGCAGCAGCCCUCUUUAACCCUCUUCUGGGUCUGCAUCCCUUGUUUGCACCAGCCUUCAAUAACCAUAGUCCUGCUGAUUCACAACUUUGCUCUUCAGUCUGUGCAGGAGGGAACGGAUGGGGCAGCUCCUUCCCAAAUAGGAGCUUGAACAUCAGUCCAUUAUGCGCUAAAGAAAAGGAGAAAACCCCAACCAACUCAAGUUGGAGUCAGCAGAACCUCUGUGAGUUUGUGCAACACCAGAAUACCAUUCUGACAGGAAAGGAAAAGGAUCAUAAGAAAAGUCAGCCAGAGACACCCAAGCUGAAUGGCUGCCUAUCGGGAUCCCUGUCAGAGAGCUCCAGCGAAGAAACCAGCAGUGAUUCUGACAAUAUGGAGAAAGAUGAUGAGGAUCUAAGCAGCGGCAGCGACGACUCAGAUUCUGAAAAUGAGGUUCCUGUUAAAAAGAAACAUCUGAUGCACAACACUUCUGAGAGUAAAGAGAAGGGACCUUUAGCAGGAGAAGGAAAUGCUUGUCAAGAGAGUUUUUGUCGCAGUCUUCCUGUGACUUCCGCCGAUCGGCUUCAGUCCCAUGCUCAUCCUGCUGGUCUGCCUACUUGCACAGCACUGUUUUUCCACACUGCCAGGACUGCAGAGGAGAGGAGCAAGCAGCAUACCAGUGUCAUACAUCCCACUAGACCGGCUAUCGACAGCGUUUCUUUAACACAGUCCCACGGCAAGGCUCGACCCUCGCACUCUAACCCCGUCCCAAACCCAAAGCACCAAAUUCCCUCAUCAUCUCCCAACCAGAGUUCCUUUUCUGAACAUCUGUGUGCUGGUUUGCUAAAACCUCUCAUAAUCAGGCCACCUACUCUCUCAACCUCGAAACGGCCCUCAAAUGAUGACCGCAAUAAUGAGAGAAAUAAAAACUCUCCAUACGAAGGCUCGUCACACCCGAAAAGAAUGAAAAAGGCUUCCUCCGCGCAACCCAGGAGACAAAUUUGUGACCCAGAGCUGCUCCUGAACCCCCACCCUAACAGAGCGAUGAGCGCUGCAGGUCAGGACGUGCCUCUGGCCCUCAUAACCAAACCCUGCCGCCGGGCCAACUCUCCAAACAGCAGGCCACUCUUGGCAGCUACUUGCCCUCCCUACCUCACACCCAUCGACCUGAGCACUGGCACCAAUGAGUCCUCGGACACAUUUGCUUCGCCGCCUGAAUCCUCUGCCCCGGGACUUGUUCCGGGGUUAACGAAGGCUGGUUCGGUUCCACGUGGAGGAUGGAGGCCGGCAAAAGCCAGCUCAUGCCAAAAACCUGUAGACUUGAGCAGAAGCAGUGGGUACGAGUCCCACAGCAGCAAAGCUUUAGAGGACUCUUCAGGAGACGAUGAGGAUGAAGAGAGUAGCGCGGAUGAUGAUUCAGGCAGUAGCCUUUCAGACUCUGAGAGCAACCCUGAGAGUGAAGUUGCUGGGAAUCAUAGGAGGGAGUGCUUUAAGGCAGAAGCACGUAGGGAUGCAGGCAUGAGUGCUCCGAAAGCAGCUGAAGAAUCGCUCUCCUUCCUGAACUUUUCAUCCGACCGUCACCUUGCAAAGCCUUCAGCUCUACCCAGCACAAAUGUCCUCGAGCAGCAUGGCACCCUUCCUCCAUCUUCUGUAACAUUUUCAGCAGCACCGGGUUCGAAGAAGCGAAGGAGAGCCACAGAUGAGAGAAUUCUGCAAAUACCUCUGAAGUUUGGAUGGCAGAGAGAGACCCGGAUGAGGUGUGUUGCAGGUCGCCUCCAAGGGGAGGUGGCUUACUUUGCUCCAUGCGGAAAGAAGCUGCGUCAGUAUCCUGAUGUAGUGAAGUACUUGGUCAGGCAUGGAAUAACAGAUAUUUCACGGGACAACUUCAGCUUUAGCACAAAAAUCAAAGUUGGUAACUUCUAUGAAGGCAGAGAAGGACCAAAGGGUGUCCAGUGGUUCCUGAUGGCUGAGGAGGACAUUGCUCCUUGUAUUAUAGCAAUGGAUGGAAGGCGCAGCCGGCAAGCAAAAUCUACUGAAGCCACAUACCAUCCUCCUGUAAAUUGUGGUCAAGCUAACCUCCAGGAUGCCACUGAUGCAAAGUUAACGCGUAAACUGCAGGCACGAGAAAUGGCUCGACAGGCAGCUCAGAUAAAAAUGAUGAGGAAACUAGAAAAACAGGCUUUUGCACAAGCCACGAAGGAGGCAAAAAAGCAACAAGCAAUAAUGGCUGCUGAAGAGAGGCGGAAAAAAAGAGAGGAGAGAAAGUUUCUUAAACAACAAGAGAAGCUUAAGCGGAUUCAGCACAUUCGUAUGGAGAAAGAGCUCCGUGCACAGCGAGUUCUUGAGGAGAAGAGAAAGAAAAAAGAAGCUGCAGCCAAUGUGAAAAUGCUGGAAGCCGAGAAAAGAAGCAAGGAGAGGGAGAUCCGUAAACUUCAAUCUGUCAUACAGAAGCACCAGGAGCAGGAGAGGUAUAGGCUAGAUAUGGAGAGGGAAAGACGCAGGCAGCACAUGAUACUCAUGAAAGCUGUGGAGGCCCGGAGGAAGGCAGAGCAGAAAGAACGCCUGAAAAAGGAAAAGAAACAGGAGAAACAAUUAAACAAGAAAAAUAAACUGGAGCUUAGACGACUGGAGCUGAAGAAAGCAAAGGAGCUAAAGAAGCCAAAAGAAGACAUGUGUUUAACAGAUCAUAAGCCUCUUCCUGAGUUAUCCUGUAUACCUGGAAUAAUCUUACCAGGAAAAACCUUCUCUGACUGCCUGAUGGUGUUGCAGUUUGUGCGUAACUUUGGAACGGCCCUAAAACUAGGAUUAAAUCCAAACCAGCUCACGAUAAGCAGCCUUCAAGAUGGGUUGCUCAACAAUGGGAGCAGUUUGCAGAAGGUGCAGGACCUGCUGGUGAGCAUGCUGUCUGCAGCCGUGUGUGAUCCAGGUGUACCUGCAGGGCACAAGUGCAAAACCUUGUUGGGGUACCAUUUGACAAACGUGGAGAUCAACCGAGACAACGUGUCUGAGAUCCUGCAGAUCUAUAUGGAGGCCCACUCUGGACAGAAAGAGGUGUCCGCUCUGGCCCACAGCCUCCAAACGAAGGCGUUCCAGGCCCACAGUCCAUCAGAGAAGGCCGCUAUGCUGGCAUUCUUGGUUAACGAGCUCUGCUGCAGUAAGGCUGUCAUCAGCGAGAUCGACAAAAACAUAGAUUACAUGACCAACCUGAGGAAGGAUAAGUGGAUUUUGGAGGGCAAGCUGCGGAAACUGAGGAACGUCCACGCAAAGACCAUUAAGAAAACAUACAGCGACGUAAGAGAAGAGAACCAUACCUUUGGCGGCUUAAUGGUCCAGAAGAAAAGUAAGAGGAAAAACAGAGACAGUGAGGAAGAUGAGGACCAGGAUGAAGACAGCGAAGACCGAGGAGAAGAUGAUGAUGAAGAGGAGGAAUUAAGGGAAAAGAAAAGGAAAAAA